GGAGAAUACAAGGUUUGCCCACCCACAAAGUGGGUUGAACGUGAGAGCGACCCUUUACGGGCCUACAGAAAAUACAAUUCUUACAAAAGUGUACAAGGGAUAUAGAUGAACUAGAAUGGAGUAUCCACAAAAUUCGAGCCCAGGGCUUGAUGUUUGGCGAGGGAAUCAGCGAUGGAGUUAGCCUAUCUCAAGUGUGCCUCCAAACAAUGUGCACAACUGAACACCUGUGGUAGAUCUCGUCAAAAACGGGAUCGAGCCUCCAAGGGCAUUGGGCUGAAUCGGAAGCCCACGAGAUGACGUUGGCAGAGUCUCCUUCGAUGACAAAAGUGACAUGCUUCAUUUGUAGAGAGAUGAAAGAUUCACGGAAUGAGGGGAGUUUAUGCUAGGCAAUUGAUCAGAUGAAAAGAGAGGAUGGGGUAUCCAGGGCAGGGAUUGUUUGACAAAUUGCCUGUCUCUAGAGACAAAUCUUACUUGAGAGAUGAGCUCUCAAAGAUUGAUGAAGGGUGGACUGCUACUCGUUUCGAUUCAUUACCCCAUGUUGUUCAUAUUUUAACAUCAAAAGACCGUGAAGGAGAGGUUCAGUUUUUAAAGGAGCAAAGCGAGGUCAUUGAAGAAGUUGUAGAUGAAGUAGUCCAUGAGUAUCAUAGUGGUUUCAACAAAGCAAUUCAAAACUAUUCGCAGAUAUUGCGGCUGUUUAGUGAAUCUGCUGAAAGCCUUGCAGUUUUGAAGGUUGAUUUGGCAGAGUCAAAGAAACUUAUUGGUUCUCGAAAUAAGCAGUUACAUCAGUUAUGGUAUCGAUCUGUUACGUUACGACACAUAAUAUCAUUGCUGGAUCAAAUUGAGAAUGUCUCAAAGGUUCCGGCUCGAAUUGAAAAGCUUAUUGCUGAAAAGCAGUACUAUGCAGCUGUUCAACUGCAUGUACAGUCGACAUCAAUGCUUGAGAGAGAGGGCCUUCAAGGGGUCGGUGCUCUGCAAGACGUACGCUCUGAGCUAACAAAGUUGCGUGGAGUUCUUUUCUUUAAAGUUUUGGAGGAUUUGCAUGGCCAUCUCUAUAAUCAGGGUGAAUAUAGUUCGACAGCCACUGAUGUACGUGAAAAUGAUGAUGAUGUUCCAAUCAGUGCAUCCAUUUUAAUAUCCUCAAGUGGUUCCCACCCGGUAUCCAGGAGAACCAGAGGAUCAAGGGUAGAUGGUCAGGUUGAUUCUCCUUCUUUUGGUGAUGGAUUUCGCAGACCGGGUUCCAUUGAUGGAAGUUCUUCUUUUGAUGGUCUUGAUGAUGAGAGUGUUCAUCCUGUGGAUACCCUUGAUGGUGCUGCUUCUGAGGGUGCAGUUUCGUGGUCAAGGGUCAAUGGGUUUGAUGGUCACACAAAGGAGACCAGAACCUUACCUCAUCAACUUCCAUCCUGGCUUUCAAAUUCCACCCCUAAUGAAUUCAUUGAAUCCAUGAAAAAGAGCGAUGCUCCUCUUCAUGUGAAGUAUCUACAUACCUCGGUAGAAUGCCUCUGCAUGCUUGGAAAAGUUGCUGCUGCUGGGGUCAUAAUCUGUCAAAGAUUGCGGCCGACUGUCCAGGAGAUUAUCACAUCCAAAAUCAAAGCUCAAGCUUCUGUAUUUAAGUCAUCAAGGUUAUGCAAGGAUCGGGAGUCCCAAGCUGCCACUCCAGUUGUAAAGUACUCGAAGGGAACAAUCGUGGAAAACUACAUAGCUUUGAAGCAAAAGAACUCAAGUAAAAUGUCGCCCAUGGGUGCUCUAUGGGCUGUUAGUCCUGUUUCACAAGCAAUGGCUCCCACUGGUGCUGCACAGGCUGCUUCACGUGAACUUUUGGAUGGUGUUCUCGAUACUAUUAUUCGAAUACUAGAAAAUCAUGUUCUAGUUGGUGAGCUUUUGGAGUCACGAUUAGCACAGAAAAAUGAAAAUCCAGAGACAAUCAAUGGUGAUAUAAACUGGAGUCCUGAUUCUGAAGCUUCACAGGUUACGGGAGGCUAUAGUGUGGGAUUUGCAUUGGUUGUCUUACAGAGUGAAUGCCAACAACUCAUAUGUGAAAUUCUGCGGGCAACUCCGGAAGCUGCAUCUGCAGAUGCUGCUGUUCAAACAGCCAGGCUUGCAAGCAAAGUUCCUUCCAAGGAUACAAAGGAUGGAUCUGAGGAGGGUCUUUCUUUUGCUUUCCGCUUUACAGAUGCAGCAGCUUCUGUUUCCAUCCAAGGAGUUGAUGGUAUCCGCCAAGGGUGGGGUAGGAGGAAUCCAACUACACUGCAAGAGGGAUAUGGGACUACUGCCGUACUUAAUGAGCAAGGAAUUUAUCUUGUGGCUUCGCUCUAUCGACCCGUUCUCCAGUUUACUGAUAAAGUUGCAUCAAUGCUGCCCCCCAAGUAUUCUCAGCUAGGGAAUGAUGGUUUGCAAGCAUUUGUUGAGAACUUUCUUAAGGAUCAUUUCCUGCCUGCCAUGUUUGUUGAUUAUCGAAAAUGCGUUCAACAAGCCAUAUCAAGUCCUGCUGCUUUUAGACCGCGAGCACGUGCGGCUUCCACCUAUAGUCCUUUGAUAGAGAAGGGUCGGCCUGUGCUUCAAGGCCUUCUGGCUAUCGACUUUUUAGCAAAGGAGGUUCUCGGUUGGGCACAAGCCAUGCCCAAAUAUGCCAAUGAACUUGUGGAGUACGUGCACACAUUCUUAGAACGUGCCCAUGAACGUUGUCGGACAUCAUUCAUGGAGGCAGUUUUAGAGAAACAAAGCUAUAUGCUGAUUGGAAGGCAAGAUGUUGAGAGCUUAAUGAAAUUGGAGUCAGCUAGUUCAUGUUUGCCGAAUUCUUUCAUCCAAGCAUCCCUCGAUCAUGGAAGUCCUGUUCCUGAAACAUCUGAAAUUGAGAUGGAAAUGAGUGACCUGUUGCUAAGUUUACGACCAAUCAAGCAGGAGAAUCUUAUUAGAGAUGACCAAAAACUCAUUUUACUAGCAGCUCUCAGUGAUUCUUUGGAAUACGUGGCAGAUUCCAUUGAAAGGCUUGGGCAAGCAUCUCCCAAGUCACCCUCGCAAGAUGACGAAAAUGUAGGCCAUCAAGUACGCCACCAUACUCGAACUAGUAGCGCUCUUACUCGAAACCUUGCAAGCCUUGCUGAUGAAUAUCGGAGCUUGGCUGUUGAAUGUUUGAAGGUCCUACGCAUAGAGAUGCAAUUGGAGACCAUUUUUCAUUUCCAGGAAAUGACAAGUCGAGAAUAUUUGGAUGAUCAAGAUGCAGAAGAGCCUGAUGAUUUUAUUAUAUCACUUACUACGCAGAUAACACGUAGGGAUGAGGAGGUGGCCCCUUUUAUUGUUGAUAUAAAACGAAAUUACAUAUUCGGUGGAAUAUGCAGUGUUGCUGCCAAUGCAUCAAUUAAGGCUUUAGCUGAGAUGAAAUCCAUUAACCUUUUUGGAGUUCAGCAGAUCUGCCGGAAUUCUAUAGCAUUGGAACAGGCAUUGGCUGCAAUCCCAUCAAUUGAUAGUGAGGCUGUUCAACAAAGAUUAGACCGUAUCCGGACUUACUAUGAACUCUUAAAUCUGCCAUUUGAGGCGUUGCUAGCUUUCAUUGCAGAACAUGAAUAUUUAUUUACUGCCUCAGAGUAUUCUAGUCUAUUGAAGGUCGAAGUUCCAGGUAGGGAAAUACCUGAUGAUGCAAUGGAGAGGAUCAAUGAGAUAUUGGUUCAUUGAUCUCUCAAUCCAAAGGAUGAAGGGCAACUUCUAGGAAUGGAGAUAAUGCACUUCCAAGGAUGACACUGGAGUUUAGGUAAAAUCUCGAAAUCAUGUAAUUUUAUGGACUCAAAAAUUAAGGAUAUCUAUUUUUGUAUUUGUGCGUGCCCGAUUUUGUAUGCUGCCAGAUUAUUCAUAUUUGAGUUGCAAUAAAAAUUUUAUCUGUUGUAAAUUGUUUUUUGGCAUGGUAA